AUUUACUUGGAUGAUGAUGUCUCUUCCUUUGUGCAGCUCAGAGGUUCUGUUCCGCUGUUUUGGGAGCAACCGGGGCUUCAGGUGGGUUCUCAUCAUCUAAGGCUUAACAGAGGUCUGGAAGCUAAUGCUCCUGCCUUUGACAGGCAUAUGAUGCUUCUGAAAGAGCAAUAUGGAAAACAAGUGAUCGUUAACCUGCUGGGAAGCAGAGGAGGGGAGGAGGUGCUCAACAGAGCUUUUAAGAAACUACUAUGGGCCUCUGCCCAUGCCGCAGACACUCCCAUGAUAAACUUUGACUACCACCAAUUUGCAAAAGGUGGGAAAACUGAGAAACUGGAAAAUUUGCUGAGGCCUCAGCUGAAGUUGCACUGGGAAGACUUCGGAAUCUUCACAAAGGGCAAGAAUGUAAGUCCAUGUCUGCAGACAGGUACUUUUCGAAUGAAUUGUUUGGACUGCCUGGGUCGUACUAAUAGUGUCCAGUCCUUCGUUGCACUGGAGAUCCUGCUUGCUCAAUUAGAGAGCCUUGGGUUGAACUCUAAGUCUAUAACUGAGCGCUUUGUGGAAUCCUACAGAGUGAUGUGGACUCUCAACGGUCAUAAUCUGAGCAGAGUAUUUACGGCCAGUCGUGCCCUUGAGGGAAAGCACAAGGUUGGGAAGAUCAAGGAUGGCGCCCGCUCCAUGUCACGCACCAUUCAGUCAAAUUUCUUUGAUGCAGUAAAGCAGGAAGCCAUCAAGUUGCUGCUCCUGGGUGACUUCUUCAGUGAGGAAUAUGCAGACAAAGGCAAGAUGCUCAUGGACCACACUGCACUGCUGGUAACUCCAAGUAUUUUGAAGGCCAUGUCCGAGCGUCAGUUUGAAUUCACAAGCUUCAAGCGGAUUCGUGUUGCCACGGGGACCUGGAACGUGAACGGGGGGAAGCAGUUUCGAAGCAACAUCCUCAGUACCAGCGAGCUGACAGACUGGCUGCUGGAUUCUCCAAAGCUCUCUGGAGUUUCUGAAUUUCAGGAUGACGAGAACUGCCCUCCUGACAUAUUUGCAGUGGGAUUUGAAGAGAUGGUUGAAUUAAGUGCGGGGAAUAUUGUGAAUGCCAGUACAACAAAUAGAAAAAUGUGGGGGGAGCAGCUUCAAAAAGCAAUUUCCAGGACUCAUCGCUACAUUCAGCUGACGUCAGCGCAGCUCGUUGGUGUUUGUCUUUUCAUCUUUGUACGACCCUAUCAUGUCCCCUUCAUCAGGGAUGUAGCAAUAGACACCGUGAAGACAGGAAUGGGAGGAAAAGCUGGAAAUAAAGGGGCAGUGAGCAUUCGUUUUCAGUUCUACAGUACCAGUUUCUGCUUUAUAUGCAGUCACUUAACUGCUGGACAGACUCAGGUGAAAGAGAGGAAUGAAGAUUAUAAAGAAAUCACACAGAAACUGAGCUUCCCCAUGGGGCGAAGCGUGUUCUCACAUGACUACGUGUUCUGGUGUGGUGAUUUUAACUAUCGCAUUGAUCUGACGUACGAGGAGGUCUUUUAUCUUCUCAAACGCCAAGACUGGAAGACACUUUUGGAGUUCGAUCAACUACAACAGCAAAAAUCCAGUGGAAAAAUUUUUAAAGACUUUCAUGAAGGGACUAUUAAUUUUGGACCAACAUACAAAUAUGACGUUGGCUCAGAGGCUUACGAUACAAGUGAUAAGUGCAGAACCCCAGCUUGGACUGACAGAGUGCUUUGGUGGAGAAAGAAACUGCCUUUUGAAAAAACAGCUGGCGAGAUCAAUCUUCUAGACAGUGAUCUGAAUGCUGAAACUAAAGUCAGGCACACCUGGACCCCUGGAGCCUUGAUGUACUACGGGAGAGCGGAGCUGCAAGCAUCUGACCACAGGCCAGUGUUAGCUAUUGUAGAAGUGGAAGUCCAGGAAGUUAAUCAGGCUGCCCGUGAGAGUGUUUUCCAGGAAGUGUCAUCUUUCCAGGGACCACUGGAUGCCACAGUAGUGGUAAAUCUGCUAUCACCAACGCCUGAAGAGAAGAAUGAUUUUCCUGAGGACCUGCGUACGGAACUUAUGCAAAUCUUUGAGGAUUAUGGCACUGUUGUUCUGGUCAGGAUCAGUGGAGGUCAAAUGCUGGUGACGUUUGCAGACAGCCAGUCAGCUCUUCGUGUUACGGAUAUAGAUGGUAUCAAAGUCAGAGGCAGAACAGUGAAAAUCCGGCCCAAGACCAAGGACUGGCUAAAGGGCUUUCAGGAGGAAAUUGCUCGAAAACGGGACAGCAUUGCCCCCAUGUCCCCCACGGCAAACUCCUGUCUCCUGGAAGAAAAUUUUGACUUCUCAAGUUUGGACUAUGACUCAGAAGGUGAUAUAGUGGAGGAUGAAGACGAUUAUUUAGAUGAUGCUUUGUGUCAAGACCUAGUAGCAGAAACAUCAGAAGAUGUGUCUGAGGGCUGUGGACAUUUUGCCUCCGUAGAUCAUUCGGACAAACCUGGACAAACCCCACAGCUGUAUAAAGAUGAUACAGACCUGGCCGAUUGGAAGCAAGAGCCGGAGGCAAGUGGGGAAUGCCACCGCCGGGCUCCAAGCAGGUCUCUGUCCAUUCCCACCAGGUCUCGGCCGCUUCAGCCGCCGCAGAGGCCACCUCCUCCCGCUGGAACGUCAGCCAAAAAGUCCCCCUCAGAUGGUUCCCUCUCUCCAGGAAGCCACUCUGCCUCCUCCAUCCUGGCAACUGACGCCCCUCGCCAGCCACCUAAAGUCCGGACCGGAAUAAGCAAACCUUACAACGUCAAGCAGAUCAAAACCACCACAGCUGAGGAGGCAGAAGAAGCUAUUAGAUGCCUUAUGGAAGCUAAAGGAGGACUACAGGAAGACGCAGCAAAGCCUGCUCCAGCUAGACACCAAGUGUUCACCAAACCUGAGCCUCCUCCCAGCAUCACAAAGUCAGCGUCGUUUCAAGGGGCGCAGGCAGGACCGGUGCUCGUGCCCCACCGCCCACCACCCAAAGUUCCAGCCGCAAAGAGACCAGUCCCUCUGCACAGGACCGGCGUCAAAGCGGAAAAUGCCCUGUCUGCAGAAGAGCAAUUCAACCAGCACACAGUACAGUCUCCUUUUGGCUUGCCAGAGCCCUGUCUAGAAGCCGGAGCUAUUCUUAGUCCAACCAGGAUUACUCCAGUCCCUAAACCCAGAACACAAGCAGCUGGGAAGCCUCAGGAGAGCAGGGGGAGCGGCGAAAGGCAGCCCCCCUCAGCCAGCAUGGCCGAGGCCAGCGCUCUGCCUCCCUCACACACUCCCUUUGCCCCCAAGGUGCCACCACGAAGGAAGAAGUCUGCUCCUGCAGCUCUUCACCUGCAAGUUCUCCAGGGCAGUGACAACCCACUUUUCGGUGGGUUAACGUUCAGCUCCACCAGCAAUCCUGAGUUCUGCCCCCAGGCUCAGGACACUCGCGUUCCCACGAAAUCUGCUCUCCCAGCUUCCACACCCUCUGCCAGCCCAGGAAACACCACAACGAAGCAGUUGGCACCAAACGCUGCAGCAUUGAUGGCUAACCUUCAGGGCCCUCCUGCACCAGGUGGCCAGCAUCCACAGCUCUCAGAUACCAGCUCCCUUCCAGAGAACACCAGUCUUUUCGACACGGAUUCUUCCUGUCCUCGUUCCAUGCAGGCGCCAUCAGCUGCUUCUCCAGCACACGCUCCAGGAAAUUUAAAACACCCCAGUUUGAAAGAUUUCAGUCACUGGGUUACGUUUAGUGAUGACGAAGACAGCGGAGCACUGUUAGAAGGGUUCAACAAACUGCUUGGCUUAGAACGAAACCAAAAGACCUUGAUGAACACGAACACGGAUUUAGAAUUGUAA